GUAGCCAACAUUUGCUGCUAUUUUUGUGUUUUAAGAUAAAGAUUCACAAUGUUGUUGUUUUCAGUGUUGUGGGUGAUUUUUAUUACCGGUAAAUGUACUGCAGAGUCAAUGUCAUAUACAUCAGCAAUUUUACCAAAACGAAAUACUACUACUGUCUUAAAGUUUCAAGGAUUUGAAUUCUAUUACGAGACUGCGCUAAAAGUAAACUUUUUUCAAGCUCAUAGACUAUGUAAAUUAUAUGGAAUGGACUUGCUAUAUGUUGAUUCGUUUGAUGAAAAUGAGCGAUUAGGAAUAUUUGCAACUCAAAUCGGACAUGGACAUGACCACUUUUGGACAUCAGGCAACAAUCUCCACGAUUUUCAAGAAUAUUUUUGGUUAUCGAAUGGAAAAACAUUCAGAUAUACGAACUGGUACCCAGGAGAACCGAAUUUGGGUGCCAGUGGUGCCGAUACAAAUGAAAGAUGUGUGGAAAUACGCACUCUAGAUAAAGGCGGAUUCUCUUGGAAUAAUGUCCCUUGCGAGAGACUGUGCUAUUUUAUUUGCAAGAAAAAUAAAAAUAUUGGCUGCAUUACUAAAGUAGUAUAAUUCAUAUUUAAUGUACUGAAUCCACAAUAAAGUAAACAUUAUAUAACAAUUAAGAUUAAGCAAACACA